AAAUAGUGAACAAGUAAAUAUAACCUAUGUGACCUAUAAACAACAGUGGUACAUUUUGUUUUGUUGUGUUGUAAGCUGCUAUGUAACUAUAUAGAAAAUAUUUAAUAGCACAUGAUUAGAGUGCAUCUAUUAGAAAGUUGGUUCUUGUAGUAAAGUCAAAGGAGAAGUCUCGGGAUAUUCACAAUGGCCGAUAGUGUCCAGAUGUGCAGUGACAUACCCUUGUGUCGCUGGAAAGACGUCAUCUACGGCGGACUGAUCACGGUUGUGGUGACUGUUGCGGUCACCGUGUUUACAAUCCUGACCAACAUAGAUUUCACCGCCUUUGGAGGGAAACUCUUUGUUGCUGUCAUAAUCGUCACGGGCUUUGGCAUUAUCUGCACCUUUCUUCCUGGCAAGACCAUGGUCCUCGUGUACUCUUCCCUCGGUGCCCUCCUGUUCUCCGUCUGUAUUGUGUGUGACACACAGAUCAAAAUCAAGAUGGAGGGUGUAUACAAUGACAUCAUCUUGUCUAAGGAGUACCUCUUUAUCACCCUCAGCCUCUCCAUGGACAUCUUCAACGUGUUCGCGUAUAUCCUCAUCAUCUUCGGGGCGGCCAGAGACUAGGCACUGAAUUCCAAAAUCCUUGUCCGUAUCAGUAAAUAAUGCCGUUUUCAAAUCAAGACUGUAUGUCUGUUGUGUGUUUAUAUGUGGAUAAAGAAACAUAGGUAUCCUCCCUGUAUUUAAAUUUUCAACAGAUUUAUUUUAAGAUUCCUGUGUUUUAUAUAUACUUUCAUUUUAAUAUAAAUGGAGCCACAGAGGCGCCGUUGAUUAAUCCAUGUUUAUUAUUUGAAUUAAUCCCUGUUAAGUAUUUUAAUGAUACGGUUAAUAAACAAGAUUGUAGUGUUUGUUUUAAACUGAUGAUGCUAGUGAAAUUUGUUGUGUUGAGGGAGUAAAAUAAUUUAACUACUUA